AUGUCGACCGAGACCACGCGCCCGUUGUUACUACCCCAAAAUCGCAAACUCCGACACUUGCGCGGCAUCGCGCUGAGGAACCUUGUCUUUUCCCGACCCCGCGGACGCACGCUCGAUGACGCCGACCUCAAUAACAAAAGUCCCGCGAAGCUCGAGUCGCUACGAACAACCACACCUCAUCUUCACCAUGCUUUGUCUUCCGAAGACUUGCGCCCACCAGCGGGUCGCCGAAGAAGCACCAAUUUAGCCAACGUUACUCCGGCCAUUCGGCAGAGAAAGUUCGAGGAUGUUUACGACAGCAAGUUAGCCGAUGCUUUCUUCUCCUUACACGUGGAGGACGAGGAGGAACCAAUAUACAUAAGCGAGGUCGAGGAGCGUGCCACGAACUUCAACUUCCGGCAUUUUGAGCUUUCUGAGUUGGACUCCUCCAUCACUCACUCGGCUCAGGUCACGAUAAAGGUCUGGGCCAAACGACACGACACCUGGUCACUCUUGCGGGAAGAUACGGUUGACCUGCGGGCGCUCAAUUGGCUUGGGACGCUCCAGAGUGUUCAUUUCCCGCCGAACAGUUUGGCCUUCCACAUGGUCGACGGCAUUUACUCGCUGGAGCUCACUGGAAAGCCUGCGCCACCAAAACACUCUAUUCCGGCACCGACCUCGUCGUACAAUGCCUUGAUGAGGCUUGCGACGUUGGAUAACUCGAUUCAAGACGCGCUUGCUACCCGUGAACUUCUCACGCAACAGAUCAACGACCUCCUGACUCACGAAACCGAAAAUGAAGUGCCCGAAGCCGAAGAUGCACUUUCCCUGACAAACAAAUACUUAAUACAACAACGGAAGGCGAUCGCGCUAGCUAGGAAACGAAACACGGAGUUGAAGGAAUCGAUCGCGGCGCGGGGUAAAGCCAUUGCGCAGGGUCGCGCAACGCAGGAGAAAGUUGCCAACGACGUCGAGAAUGCUACGGAAAAACUGGCCCAGUCCCGGACUCUCCUCGCGAAGGCUAAGAGCGACAUACACGGCCAGCGCCGACGCAUCUGUGAAGAUCUCUCCCGCAUCUACAACAUCACACCAGUGCUUCUCGGACCACCACUCUCUUUCCAAAUCUGCAACCUUCCUCUGCCCAAUACCACCUACGACUCCGCCACUAAAUCCGCCGGUCUGAGCGAAGACGCCCUCUCUGCUGCUUUGGGGUACGUCGCGCACUUGGCCGACUCCUUGCAGUACUACCUCUCCGUCCCGUUGCCCUAUCCAAUCCGAGCAUUCGGGUCACGUUCCAGCAUCCGUGACGACAUUUCCCAGCUGCCGGACCCGCAACGCGAGUUCCCGUUGUAUGUCCCACGGGGAGGGUCUGGGUCGAGCGCGCAUUUCCGUUUCGACUACGCCUGGUUCUUGCUCAACAAGGAUGUUGAAGCGCUGUGUGCGUCACAAUCGCUGAAGGUCGUGGAUAUCCGACAUACGCUGCCUAAUCUGAAGUACCUGCUAUAUGUGUGCAGCGCGGGAGGAGACGAAGUGCCCGAGAGAAAACGGGGAGGUGUCAGAGGGCUGUGGGCGGGGAGGGUGAAGGGGUUUGGCAUGGUGACGGGCGAUGAUGCCAGCAGUCUGGGUGGGCACAGCCGACGAGGCAGUGACGCGAGUGAAGCGGCAGGAAGGCAGAGGGAUGAGUUCGUGCGGAAAGCGAUGGCCAACGGGGGUCGGGAACAUCCGAUGCGAGAGGGUAAUGGGGAUUUUAAUGGUCCGCAUGGGGGAUCUGGACUGCCAUUUGAGGAGGGCGAGACGAAGCUGAGUUUGAGGACCAAGGGGUUGAGAGAGAACGCUGCGCAGUGA